AGCUAAAGUGAUACAAUUUUAAAAACAAAAAUAUAAUAAAAUAUACCUACAUACCUAAAAAGAAAGAAUUUAUUUAUGUACAAUGUAAACUAUUUCCAACAAAUAUAAAAAGUCAAUUUAAUAAAUUAGUUUCGAAACAUGAUAAAUUUGUAUAGAAGCAAAUUGCACAAGAAGUUUUAAGCAAAAUACAAACAAUAAAAAAAAAAUAAAAUUAAAAAUCUAAAACAAUUUAAAUUAUAAUAAAAUGUCAUUAAUAAACAAAUUUAUUAAAAUUUACGGCAUUGUUUACGCAGUGAUUUUUAUAAUUUGUUUGCCCAAUGAGUGUUUCAUGGAAUCGGUAAAUUAUGUGUAUUUAAAUAAAAAUUGGACGUUAACAAAUCAAAAUCAUUCUAUAACAAAGACGGAUAUUACAGUGCCCUCGGGAGUCUAUUCAGCUUUGUAUGGAGAACAAGUGCUGGAUUCAUAUAAUGAUGUGAAUCUAAGAUGGAUAUCGUACGAUAAUUGGACCUAUACCAAUACCUUUGAAAUGGAUCCCAGUGAAUUGAAAACGUUACGUUUCGUAAAUCUCACAUUUCAUGGUGUUGAUACCGUGGCUGAGAUACGUUUAAAUCAUUAUUUAUUGGGUAGAACGGACAAUAUGUUUGUACGUUACAGUUAUGAUAUAACGAAAAUCUUGCAACAGGAAAAUCUACUAGAGAUAGAAAUAAAAUCACCCAUUUAUGCUGCCCUCCAAAGAGCUGACAGUUUUAAAGAGAAAAAUAUUAUCAUUCCACCAAAUUGUCCAAAUCAACGAUACCAUGGUGAGUGCCACAUGAAUAUGUUACGGAAAAUGCAAGCUAGUUUUUCCUGGGAUUGGGGUUUGGCAGCGCCUUCAAUGGGCAUAUGGAAAUCUGUGGUAAUGGAGUAUUAUGAUGUGGCUGUGAUGCGUGAUGUUGAUGUGGCCUUAGGUCGCAAUCAAACACAUUGGAAUAUGAAUGUCAGGGUGUUUAUUGAUUGCAAUGGUCAAAAAGACUUCAGGGCUGAAUUAACAUUUUAUGCAGUUGAGUUACUAAGAGAAGCUGUGGUAUUUAAUAAAAUUAUAAGUUACAAAGCGCCCAUGAUAAUGUUUGAUAUGGCUAUACCUUUAGAACAAAUAACCCUUUGGUGGCCAAAUGGUUUUGGAGACCAAAAACUCUAUCCCUUACAUUUUACCUUAAAAGCCUGGUGGAAUAAAGCCACCUCCAGUUUACGAGAUAAGACCACUUCUCAGAAAUCCAUUAGAAUUGGCUUUAGAACUAUAGAGCUUGUAGAAGAACCUGUGGCCGAGGGUACUGGCAAUACAUUUCUAUUUAAAGUGAAUGGCAAGGAAAUGUUCAUGAAGGGCAGUAAUUAUAUACCCAGUCAUAUAUUACCAGAAUUCAACAGUGAUAAGACUAGAAUUAAACAUCUUUUGCAAUCAGCCAAAGACACUCAUCAAAAUAUGAUACGCAUCUGGGGCGGUGGUAUCUACGAGUCAGAUGAAUUCUACGAUAUUGCUGAUUCGCUGGGUAUUUUAAUAUGGCAAGAUAUGAUGUUUGCCUGUGCCAUGUAUCCAUCUACUGAAGAAUUUUUGGCAUCUGUGCGGCAGGAGGUUUUACAAAAUGCCAAACGAAUUGGACAUCAUGCAAGUGUGGCAAUUUUCGCAACAAAUAAUGAAAAUGAAGUGGCGUUAGCACAAAAUUGGUAUCAAACCAAAUAUCAGGAAGAAAAAUAUAAAGCAGAUUAUAGGCAAUUGUAUUUGGCUACCGUGGUACAUGAGCUCAAAGUAUUGGAUUAUCCCAGUAGGCCAAGACCUUUAGUGUCAUCACCCUCUAAUGGUAAAGAAUCGGAAAAGGAUAAUUAUAUAUCGGAGCAGCCACAAGAUCCAAAUUAUGGUGAUGUUCACUUUUAUGAUAUUUUCCAAGACGCUUGGAGUCCCAACAUAUAUCCCCGACCUAGGUUUGCUUCUGAAUAUGGUUUUCAGUCUUUACCUUCAAUGAGAUCUUGGCUUAGGACUUUAAAUGGUUCCGACAGUUUAGAGGACUUGAUGAAUCAUAGACAACAUCAUCCCUUGGGCAUGUUGGCUAUAACCGGUUUAGUUAGACGCCAUUUCCCCCUGCCUUUGCCAGAAGACAGCGAUUAUUUAGAAGCCUUAAUAUACUUCAGUCAAAUUUCCCAAGCUAUGGCAACUAAAAUCGAAACUGAAAUGUAUCGCAGUUUACGCGAUACUCAGCAUAAAACUAUGGGUGCACUAUAUUGGCAAUUAAAUGAUGUAUGGGUGGCACCAUCUUGGUCCGCCAUAGAUUAUUAUGGAAAUUAUAAGUUAUUGCAUUACUGGUCUAAAGAGUUUCUGGCACCCAUAGCUAUAGUAGCCUUGUUCGAUUCCACUACACAAUCUUUAAAUAUUUCAUUAAUAUGUGAUCACUUUGAGGUGGAUACUAAUGAUUUACAAGUUACCUUGAACAUAUACAAAUGGACUGAAUUGUUUCCUAAACAAACACUACAGUGGCCUGCUACUUUGAAACCCAAUGGAGUUCACUACGACAAAGUUAUACCCAUUGCCGAUGUCAUUAAGGAACCUUUCGACAACAACAAUUGCUUUUUAGAAUUUAUUUUGCAACGAAAUACGGAACCUCUUUCUCGGACUUUUUAUUUCCCCGGUAUUUUCUCACAAAUGGUUAAAGAUCCGGGUUUAGAGCUAAAACUUACUCACACUAAUUUGUGCAAAACUACACAAACCCUUAAAGUGAACAGUUACAGUUUAACGUUGACAACAAAAUAUCCCGCCGUUUUUGUUUAUCUGGAUCUUAUACCGGAUCAAUAUAAUAUUACCAAGUAUUCAUUUUCACAGAAUGGUUUUAUGCUGGUGUCACCAAUUAUGAUGUUAUACUUGGAGAUCGAAGCUAAACAAUGUAUAGAUAAAUUAAAUAAGCAUGAUAUUAAAAUAUUUACAGUUAAUCAGUUUAAGUCAUAUAACUCUUUAGAUUAUCCUCAAAAUCUCGUUUGAAUAAGAAUCUUUAAAUACAUGUACAAUAUUUUUUUU